AAGGAAGGGAAACCUGACUUCAAGCCGGCCAAGUGGACCAAGCACCUGGACGCGACUGUUUCACCGGACAGCGCAGCAUUGUCACAGGACGUGAUGAGCAACGAUCUGUAUGCCGCAAAUUGCAACGCACACGAGCGCGAGAGAAAUUGCAACGCACACGAGCGCGAGAGAAAUUGCAACGCACACGAGCGCGAGAGAAAUUGCAACGCACACGAGCGCGAGAGAAAUUGCAACGCACCCGAGCUGCGAAACGACCGAUUCGACGUCACCAUGGAGCCAAGAGCUAGUGGUGUGCACAGAGGAGCUGAUAUGCAAGGGACGGAUUUGUUUGCUAUAGAGACUAAGGGGGACAAGGUAAACAAGCCGUAUUAUGUGUAUGUUCGAAUCAAUAACCGGCGUGUAAAAAUGGAGAUAGACACGGGAGCGGCUGUUUCUGUGAUCUCCGAAAAAUUGUACCGUCGAAGAUUUCAUAAGGUGAAAUUGUCUCCUGCUAACUGUAUUUUAAAAACGUAUAGCAAAGAGUCUCUUGAGCUAAAGGGUAAAAUCACUGUACAAGUAAAGUGUAACGAGCAAACAACCAUGCUCGAAUUGAUGAUUGUAAAAGGUGAUGGGCCCUCCCUAAUGGGUAGAGACUGGAGCAGUCGGUUAAACUUAAACUGGUCCCAGUUAAAUAAGCUGUCUGUGUCUAGUGAAACGGUAGACCAACUGUGUGACAGAUAUGCCUCUGUCUUUCAGCCAGAUUUGGGUAUGCUUAAGGGGAUCAGUGCAAAACUUCACGUGGUGAAAGAUGCAGUACCAAAGUUUUGUAAACCGCGCACGGUACCUUAUGCUUUGAAACAGAGUGUUGAAAAGGAGUUAUGUAAACUAGAAAAAGAGGGUGUAAUUUCUCCUGUCAGUUAUAGUGAAUGGGCAGCCCCCAUUGUGUGUAUUCCAAAAAAAGAUGAUAGUGUAAGGAUAUGUGGAGAUUACAAAGUAACCAUUAACCCGUGGUUGGAGGUGGAUCAGUAUCCCCUACCCAGAACCCAGGACCUUUUUACAAAAUUGUCAGGAGGUCAAAAAUUCACAAAGCUGGAUUUGUCCCAAGCUUACCAACAGGUGCCACUAGAGGAAAGCUCCAAGCGAUACCUUACUGUCAAUACACAAAAAGGACUUUACAUUUAUAACCGUCUACCUUAUGGGGUGGCUAGUGCACCUGCCAUUUUCCAGAAAAUAAUGGAUCAAAUACUACAGGGUAUGGAGGGUGUCAUAUGCUACCUUGAUGAUAUCCUUAUUACAGGCAAGGACACAAAACAGCACAUGGAAAAUCUGGAAGAAGUGCUAAAAAGGUUGCAAGCCUCUAACCUCCGAGUUAGAAGAGAAAAGUGUUUGUUUUUUCAAAGCAGUGUCUCGUACUUAGGACACGUGAUUGACUCUGACGGCAUCCAUCCAAUGAAAGAAAAAACGGAUGCUAUAAAAAAAGCUGCCAUUCCAGAAAAUGUGACAGAACUCAGAUCUUUCUUAGCAUUGCUAAAUUACUAUGGCAAAUUUAUUCCAAACUUGUCAACCAUCAUAAAGCCCAUGACAGAGUUGUUACAUAAAGACAUUGCCUGGUCGUGGUCUGAAAAUUGUCAGGCAGCUUUUGAAGAUGCAAAAAGACACUUAAUGUCAAACCAAGUUCUGAUUCAUUUUGAUCCUGAUCUGCCAUUGAUCUUAGCAUGCGACGCAUCUCCUGUAGGAGUGGGUGCAGUAAUCUCACACCGAAUGAGUGAUGGUAGUGAAAGACCAAUAGCUUUUGCUUCCAGAAUGUUGACAAAAACCGAGCGAAAUUAUUCGCAGAUUAAAAAAGAGGCUUUAGGACUUGUAUUCGGGGUAAUGAAAUUUCAUGAGUAUUUGUUUGGAAGACAAUUUAUACUAGUAACAGACCAUAAGCCACUGCUAAAGAUUCUGGGACCUAAAACAGGGGUGCCCACACUAGCCGCAGCUAGGAUGCAAAGAUGGUCCCUCAUCUUGUCUGCAUACAAGUAUGAAAUUCAGUACAAGAGAUCAGAACAUCACGGUAAUGCGGAUGCAUUAUCGAGACUUCCUUUAAAAAACGAAGAUGUCAGAUCAAAUCCAGUGUAUAGACUGUCGUAUCUUGAUGAAUUGCCAGUUACAGCAGUUGAUAUUGCACAAACAACAGAGACCGACCCUGUGCUUAAAAAAGUCAAGGACUAUGUAAUGAGUGGUUGGCCAAAACACAUUGUGGAAGAGAAGAUAAAACCAUAUUUUGCAAAGAAAUUUGAACUUUCUGUUGAACAUGAUUGUCUUCUGUGGGGAUAUCGUGUGGUAAUACCUGAAACAUUACGUGAUAGACUCUUAGCCGAACUUCAUGAUAGUCACUGGGGUAUGGUGAAGAUGAAAUCAUUGGCCCGAAGUUAUUUUUGGUGGCCUACACUUGACAUGAACAUUGAAGAGAUUGUGAGUCAAUGCAGUGUAUGUCAGCAGCAACGCAGCAUGCCUACCCCUGUCCCAGUACAUACAUGGAAAUGGUCAACAGGACCCUGGGAGAGAAUCCACUUAGAUUUUGCUGAAGAUCAUCAGCAGAUGUUAUUAGUGGUGAUGGACGCUCAUGCAAGAUGGCCUGAGAUUUUUCCUAUGCAGUCAACUACUUCAGCAAAAACAAUUGAAGUGCUAAGAAAUCUGUUUGCAUCUUAUGGCCUUCCGCAGGAAGUGGUCACUGACAAUGGACCCCAAUUUACAUCCAGGGAAUUUGACGAAUUCUUGCUGCUAAAUGGGGUAAAGCACACAAAAUCACCUGCCUAUCACCCUGCCUCUAAUGGGCUAGCUGAAAGGUUAGUUCAGAACCUAAAAAAGCACUUGCAAAAAACAGAGCAGGUGGUGGUAUGACACUUCAACACUGUGUAGCUAAUUUUUUGUAUAGCUACCGCAAUACACCUCAUAAUACUACUCACAAGACACCUGCUGAACUAUUCCUCAAGAGAGCUGUUCGAACCAGAUUAUCUUUUAUAAAACCACAGUUCUCACAGGCUUUCAGGUGUGAGCAAUCUGAAAAAAAUGAGAAGCCUUGUAAGGUCAGGACCUUCACUACUGGUCAAAAGGUUUUGGUAAAGAAUUACAGGGGAGGAGAGAAAUGGUUAAAGGGUACAAUUUCAAAAGUGUUGGGCCCAGUAACUUACAUGGUUGAUGUUAAUGGAAACUGUGUAAAGAGGCAUGUUAACCAAAUGUUAAGUUGUAAAAUUGUGUGUAACAAAAAUGCUGGGGAUCCAGGACAGCUUCCUUAUACAGGAAGGAACUGGGACCCUGAUGAAAUUGACAUGGACAUUUAUAAGGACAAUGAAACUGUCAAUCCAGAAACUGAGACUGAAUUGGUAGCUGAUAAGGCAAUAGAGUUGUCAGCUACUGUGGCAGAAACUGAAAGGUUGUCAGAAAACAACCGUCCUGUUAGAAACAAGCGUGAUCCACAAAGGUUGAAUUUGUAAAAAAAAAAAA